CUGAUGGGAGAUUUGACGACGUGUGUUUGUGAAGAAGAAGUAGAAGAAGAAGAAGAAGAAGAAGAAGAAGAAGAUGGUUCUGCUCCGAGCUGCUGCUCUGUGCUGUCUGUGUUCAGCGCUGGUUGCCAUGGCAGCAGAGCUGAUCCAGGAGCAGCUGUCAUUGACCAGGAGAGUUGGUGAAACUGCUUCUUUCAGCUGUGGAGGACUUGACCUGUGUGGCACUUAUGUCUUCUGGUACCAGAAGAAAGAGACAGAAACUUUCACACGGAUUCUGAAUAUUAAUAAAAACACUGGUGCCAUUUAUCGUGGUUACAAUCAUCCUCAGAAAGAAGACUUCAAAGCUCAGAUGAACAACAACAAGAAGAUCUGUGAACUGAAGAUAAACAAAGUUCAAUCCUCUCACUCAGCCUCAUAUUACUGCUCCUGUUAUGAUUCCCGGUUCAUGAUAUUUGGCUCUGGAACUAAACUUUAUGUAACAGAUGACCCGGUGGUGGCGCCAGUGUUGACCGUGUACCCAGCAGUGUCCCUGGAGGGGCGGAGCUCCCUGGAGGGGCGGAGCUCCCUGCUGUGUGUGGCCUCGGCCAUGUCUCCUCCUCCGGUCCAGUUCUUCUGGAAGAGACAGAGGAAGGAGGGCGGUCAUCAGGAGGAGCUGCCCCCUGCUGAGGAGGGAGAGCAACUGCAGCUCAGAGAGUGGGGACGCGUCGCCACCAUCAGGCUGGUCCGUCAUGACGCUCUGUACGCGUAUAAAUAUCGCUGCUACGUCAGACACGAGGGAGGAACAGUGGCGGCUCAGGUAGAACAAGAAGUUUCUGCUCUUCCUCCACCGUCUUCUCCUCCACCGUCUUCUCCUCCAACAUCUUCUCCUCCACCAUCUUCUCCUCCAACAUCUUCUCCUCCACCAUCUUCUCCUCCAACAUCUUCUCCUCCACCGUCUCAGUUCCAGGUCCGGUUGCUGGUUCUGUUCUACUCACUGCUCAUCGUGAAGAGUCUGGUUUUCAGCUCUGGACUCUUUGUGAUCACAGUCCUCACAAACCAGAGAAGGUCCUAACAUGGCUGAUUGAUCUUCUCUUCUCACCAUCAUGACGUCACACACACACACACACACACACACACACACUCACUCUCCCUGCACCAAACCCCAUAGAUAAAAAAAAUCAGUGAUUUUAGCUGGUGGGGACACAGGAGCUGCUGGUCCUCUGCUGCCUCAUGUGGUCACUUUGUGUCACUGCGUUAAGUCUAAAUGAAAUAUUUCAAACACUGAAGUGACAAAAUAAGACAUUUGAACUUAGUGAUGGAGGCAGCAGUGGAUCAACAACUCCUGUGUGCUGUGAUGUUAAAAUCACUGAUUUUCUCUAUGGACCUUGGUGUGGGAGAGUGAGUGAGUUUCCAGACGUCCACAUACACUGACCCCUAGAGGACAUUUGGACUCGUGGUUCUGUUCUUACUCACAUUUUUUAUUUACUGGCAUCAGAACCAACUUUAAAUCAACAAACUCAUUUUAUUUCCAUCAAAAGACAAAAAAAAACAAAUAAAUGUAACAAAGUUUCAGAAAAAAAGUGUUUGUGUCAUUGUUUCCUGUCAUUAUUAUUAUUACAGUUAUAGUUGCUGUAUAUUUUCAGUUUUUUGUUUGUUACAGAGUUUGUGUAUAAAACAUUUUCACUGUGUCUUAUUUCUGUUUAUGAACAUGAGCGCACAUUAAACCUCUUGUUGUGGUGUAGAGAGACCUCUUGUGGUGAAUAGUGGUAUUGACCAUGCUA